UUAACACUCGCUCUAGUCUCUACUCUCUACACUCCCCCCAUAUAUACCCCCUCACCACUACUCUCCUUUCGCAUCCUCAACAAUACUCUCUCUCUCUCUCUCUAUAUAUAUAUAUAUCUAUCGAAAGUAGUAAGCCAGGCUGUAGAAAUGGCGAAAGAUGUUGAAGUUCAACCAGAAUUUUCUGCUAAGGACUACACUGAUCCGCCUCCAACGCCGUUGUUUGAUUUGGAAGAGCUGACCAAAUGGUCUUUUUACAGAGCACUAAUUGCAGAGUUCAUUGCCACACUCCUCUUCCUUUAUAUCACUGUUUUGACUGUGAUUGGCUACAAGAGCCAAACCGACCCUAAUUUGAACACUGACCAGUGUGGUGGUGUUGGAAUUCUUGGGAUUGCUUGGGCCUUCGGUGGCAUGAUCUUCAUCCUCGUUUACUGCACUGCUGGUAUUUCUGGUGGACACAUUAACCCGGCUGUGACCUUCGGACUAUUCCUGGGGCGCAAGGUGUCGCUCAUCCGUGCGGUGAUGUACAUGGUAGCACAGUGUUUGGGUGCAAUCUGCGGUUGUGGGCUUGUGAAGGGUUUCCAAAAGGCUUACUACAACAGGUAUGGAGGUGGGGCCAACACGCUCGCUGAUGGGUACAACAAGGGCACUGGAUUGGGUGCUGAGAUCAUCGGGACCUUUGUUCUUGUCUAUACUGUCUUCUCCGCCACUGAUCCUAAGAGGAACGCUAGAGACUCCCAUGUUCCUGUUUUGGCACCAUUGCCCAUUGGAUUCGCUGUAUUCAUGGUUCACCUAGCCACCAUCCCCAUCACUGGGACGGGUAUCAACCCUGCUAGGAGUUUUGGAGCUGCUGUCAUAUACAACAAAGAGAAGGCCUGGGAUGACCAAUGGAUAUUCUGGGUUGGACCAUUUAUUGGAGCUGCAAUUGCUGCAUUCUACCACCAGGUCAUUCUAAGGGCUGCAGCCAUUAAGGCCCUGGGUUCCUUCAGGAGCAACGCUUGAUUGAACUGGCCAGUACUUUCUGAUGAGCGAGCGUGGAUGGUUCAAGGUUCGAUCAAUCGAUCUGGCGAGGGCCUGCACGGAAUUGUAAAUAAAAAAAGUAUGAAAGCCAAGGGAUGUCUUUUUAUUCCUUUGUUUUUGUACGUGUUUCAUUAUCACUGUAUUUUAUGUUGUGCUGUCUGGUCUGCCUGUCUGUUCAUCUUUAUCCUUUUAAUUUAUCUUUUCUUUUCUUCCCUUUCAAUUUUCUUUUCCUUGGGUGUACUUAUGUUUCCUGGGAUAUUAAGUAAAGAAGUAUUCUCAACACCUUUUCAUUGCAUA